CGAGCCGGCACGUCGACGUCUUUCGGAGCGGGAUAGUUUCAAUGACUCAGCUACACACCGGUUAGCUCGUUAACCGCUAGCUCGUGAGCUAACAGCUAGCUCGUUAACGCUAGCCGCUAGCUCGUGAGCUAACAGCUAGCUCGUUAACGCUAGCCGCUAGCUCGGUGACGUGAGCUAACCGACAGACGACCAUGACUCCGCAGCAGCAGGCCGCCCCCCGCCGGCCGGACUCCGCCACAAUCACACAGAAAGUGCAGCUGACUCUGAAGCUCUGGAUGCUGGAGGUCGCCCGCAGUGCGCUGGACCGAGAGCUCCUCCACCUCACCAGCACGGCCUACGAGGACGUUCACGGCUUCUUGAGGUCCCCUCUCCCCUCUGCCGGUGUGUUCGGGCACCUGGUUCAGGCUCUGGAGGCCAAACACCAGGCCAUCGCCGAGCUGACCGGCUCCUUGCAGGAGCUGGCAGAGCCGCGAGUUUGUGUCCAGCUUUCUGUCAAAAACGGAGCGAGAGCCAAUCGAGACGAGAGAAUUCUACCGACUGCCGUUCUGAAGCUCGGGCCCUCGGCGCAGAGCUCGCUCACGGCGUGCUCCGUGGCCAGAGCGGCCCAGCUGAAGGGCCGGCAGGACGUCGUGUUGGGCGGCAUCUCGUCCAGACGCCACAGCGCCGCUCCGGGCUCUUCCCCUCACUCGCCGGCUGAAGAAAAAGAACAUUGUGUUAUUUGUGAGGAGGAACGCCCAUCAGCUGCAGAGAUUCUUCCACCUGCGAUUAUUGAGAGACGUGAGACUCACCCGGAGAGGCCGCCGAUACGACCGCCUCCCAUGCAGGCUCUGGUCCCGGAGACCAGGAGCCCUCAGCCAAUGGAAAUAUCCCCACUGAUGAGCUGGGGGCGCGAGGAAGAUGUCCGGGUGCAACACCAAAAACAAACCUCCUCUCAGCUGCUCCACUUCCUCAGAGCCAAAGCCAAACACACGGGCGCUCUGGAGGUCACCGGCCCGGAGCGGAGGAGGAGCGUCUGCUCUCUGCCACCGGAGCCACGCCUCAAGUCUCAGAGCGGCCGCCGUGGAGACCCGGUGACCGCGGCGGCUCCCAACACUUCAUGUGCACCCGUUGGAGACCAGGUCCCCGUGUUCAGAGUGAAGCGAGUGGAGGCGAGCGGCUCUCUGACCUACAGCUGUGUCAUCGCCACAAACACUGAAUUGUGGGAUUUUGGAGACGUCUUCACCGAGGCGGGACGUUGGAAAUCUGAAGCUCGCCCCGUGGGUCAUGAGGACCGCCCGAGUAGCUGGGCCCAAGAGGACUCGCGUCUCAACAUCCAGCGGAAAACCCAAAGUCUGCAACGCACAGAACCUGAAGCCGCUCCGAGGACUCGGCGCGUCGCCGUUCCCGAGUUCCACGUCCGGAGGUUUGAGGAGGCUGAAGUCGUGGUGUCUCACAGCGUCAGUCCAGGGAACUUCUACAUCCAACACGCCGACUCCAGCGCCGCGCUGCGGGCCCUCUUCGCCCACAGCUGGAGCGCCAGCCGUUCGUAUGGCGAGCAGAGCUGCAUUCCAGACAUUGGAACUAAAGUGCUGGGUUGGUUCCCUCAGCAGGAACAAUGGUGCCGGGCUCAGGUGACCAAGAUCUGUGGAGUGAGCGGAGAUGAUAAUGCUGCUGAUGGAGCUGGGGGGGGGACAUCCAUCAAGGUGGAGGUGAAGAAGCUGGACUACGGGGACACGGCCUGCCUGUCUCUGUGGAACAUCACAGAGCUGAGCCCGGAGAUGGCCGUCCUGCCGCAGCAGGCCGUCGGGGUCUCGCUGGUCCAUGUGACGCCUGUGAACGGCGGCGAUUGGUCGGAGGAGGCGGUGGGCUGGUUCAGAGCGAUGGUGCACAACCGAACGCUCUACGCCCGACUUCACCCACAGGGGCCCCGGGCCGCCGUGGAGCUGUUCCUGGAAAAGGGAAAGCUCGGAGCCAUGAGGAGGGGGGCGUCCGUGUCUCUCAGACUCGCCCAGAACGGACACGCUAAGCACAACAAGCUGAAGAACGCUGGGAUCAUGAAGAUAAGCUCAAGUCAACUCAAAAUGAAGAAACAGGAGUCUGAGUGGGAGAAGUACCUCAUCUCCUGCUACACUAGCAAGAAGUGAUGAGAGGAGGAGGAGCUCCAUCGUGGUGAUGGAGGUGUAACGCUCUUCAUCAUAUCAUUGCAGAAUAUUUAAAUGUUUCCUAUUUGUUUGAUAGCAUUGUGGAAGUGUGAAACGAGAAUCUGUUUGGGUCUUUUCUCCAUGUCUGAUGAGUCAUCCUAACAUCUAAAUGGUUUUAUUACAUUUUGUGUCUCCAGCCUGUUAUUUCAUGUGAAAGCAUUCAUACAGGUAGACGUGUCCGUCUGCACCUUCACAAUAAAACUGUUGAGUGAGA